ACAGACAGAAAUCCUUUGAGUGUAGGAUAUUGAGUGGACACACGGAGCAAGACAGUGGGGACAUUAUCCUUCUUCGGUGGAUCCGCAGCUCCUCCCCCCUGCGUGUGUGGCUUCAAAUGAUCAAAUUCUUCAACUUGGAUCAGUUUGACUCCGUCGCACUUUUUAGCACACUGCAAUCCGACAACGCCACAACUUGGGCAGCGCUUUGCAUCUUCAACUACCGAGAGGAGAGAGAAAAGGCAGAGCGCAGGUGCGAUUCAUUGCAGCAGCAUUUUUCUGCCGUCAACAAUGGAAAGGGAGAUGCUAUUUUGUUCAAAGUGGCACGGUGCGCUUUGGUGUGAAAUGUUAAUGAUUUUCUUGAUAUUGCAAGGCGCCAGCCCUGAGAUAACGUGCAGGUCAUGUCAGGUUGGAAAUGUGGGUUAUGCCCGGGAGUUAUUGCUGAAAUUUGUCACAAGUGAAAGUGUGACAGCAUUUAAAGAAGUUGACGGACACAGCAUUGAGGCUGAGAGAUCCCGGGCUGCAAGUGUCGGAACUCCCAGGCUCCGCCGCACAUCUUUUACCCGUGAACGCGCUCCAGAUCGGACAGACGCGUCAAAUCUGACACGGAAUACAAAAACGCUGCGCUCAAAUGAUGAAGUCGACGAAAACCUCUUUUCCAUGGGCAACAUUUCACGGUACCACGGAAGUGGCGGAGCGCACAGAACGCGCGGCAGAAGGAGCACCGACGACCGCAGUGUUGGUCGCCCGAGUCCGCGUUCCGGAACCAGAGUGACGCGCUCUGAACUGCGCUGGAACGGCGAGGAGAGGAGAGCAGGCGGCUCCAGACAGGACGAGCUCAAACUUAACAGCUCUACCUUCGCUUUGACCGGGGAUUCAUCUCACAACCAAGCUAUGGUACACUGGUCUGGUCAGAACAGCAGCGUGAUUUUGAUGCUGACCAAAUUAUUUGAUUUCAACCUCAACAGUGUUACCGAAAGCUCGCUGUGGAGGUCAACUGACUAUGGAGCAACAUACCAGAAGCUGAAUGACAAAGUUGGCGCAAAGACAAUACUCAGUUAUUUGUACGUGAGCCCAAACAACAAAAGAAAGAUUAUGCUCUUAACAGAUACUGAAGUGGAGAACAGUCUUCUGAUCAGUUCUGAUGAAGGAGCAACAUACCAGAAAUACCGGCUGAACUUCUAUAUCCUGAGCCUCCUCUUCCAUCCCGAGCAAGAGGACUGGAUUCUGGCUUACAGUCAUGAGCAAAAGCUCUACAGCUCAGUGGAGUUCGGGAGGAGGUGGCAAAUGGUGCAUGAGAGAGUGACUCCAAAUCGUUUUUACUGGUCAAAAAUGGGUUUGGACAAGGAGCCAGGUUUGAUUCACCUGGAAACCACCAUCUCUGAAGGACAGGCACUCUAUGUCACCUGCAAGCUGCAGAACUGCACAGAUGCCAACAAGGGCAAACCAUUCCCUGGCUACAUUGACCACAAUUCUCUGGUGGUUCAAGAUGAGUAUGUGUUUGUCCAGGUGUCGACUACAGGGAAGCCUAUCUACUAUGUGUCUGCGAAGAGAGAUGUCUUUACUCCAAUGAAACUGCCAAAGUACACUUUGCCAAAGGACUUGCAUGUCAUCAGCACAGACGAAAACCGUGUUGUGGCAGCAGUACAGGAGUGGAACCAGAAUGAAACCUAUAAUUUGUAUGUGUCUGACACAUCAGGUGUCUAUUACACGCUGGCUUUGGAGAACGUUGUCAGUAGCAUGGGCCCCGAAGGAAACGUCAUGGUUGAUCUAUAUGAGGUGGCAGGAAUAAAAGGCAUGUUCUUGGCCAACAAAAAGACAGAUAAGCAAGUAAAGACACAUAUUACCUACAACAGAGGCAGAGACUGGAGGUUAUUACAGGCACCAAACAAAGACCUGCGAGGCAAUACCAUACACUGUAUGCCACCAUAUUGCUCAUUGCAUCUUCAUCUUCAUGUCUCUGCAAAUCCCUACACAUCUGGAAACAUAGCAAGUAGGGACUCAGCACCUGGGAUCAUUGUAGCAUCAGGUUCCUUUGGUUCUGAGCUGACCACCAGCAACGUCAGCGUGUACAUCACCUCAGAUGCAGGAAACACAUGGAGACAGAUAUUCAAUGAAGAGUAUGCAGUGCUGUAUCUUGACCAAGGAGGAGCCUUGGUUGCAAUAAGGCAUACUCCACUCCCCAUCAGACACUUGUGGUUGAGCUUUGAUGAAGGACGGCAGUGGAACAAGUAUAGCUUCACCAGUACACCUCUGUUCGUAGAUGGUGUGCUGGGAGAGCCUGGCGAAGAGACACUAAUCAUGACGAUAUUUGGCCACGUCAGUCAUCGCUCAGAGUGGCAAUUGGUGAAAAUAGACUUCAGGUCUAUCUUCAACAGGAGAUGCACGGAGGCAGACUAUCAGACGUGGCACCUUCACAAUCAGGGGGAGCCCUGCCUGAUGGGAGUGAAAAGAGUCUAUAGAAAGUUGAAGCCCACGUCCAGGUGUGUGAUGGGAAAGCUGUACUCGGUUUCAAUGUCGUCAGGUCCCUGUGACUGCACAGAGGCUGACUUUGAAUGUGAUUAUGGCUACGACCGACGGACGGAUGGCAAGUGUACGCCUGCCUUUUGGUUCCAUCCAUCAGUGAUGUCCAGGAGUUGCACCACAGGGAUGACCUUCUUGAAUAGCACUGGCUACAGGAAGGUGGUCUCAAACAACUGUACAGAUGGAGUCAUUGUGGAGUACACAGCCAAGAGGCAGCAAUGUCCCAUGCAAGCCCCUAAAGGUCUCCACCUGGUCACCGGUGAUGGUACACUGUCAGCUGUACUGGGCACGAAUGUCACCUUUCUCAUUUUUCUGGAACAGGGUGACGCAGCACGAACAAGCAUCACACUAGAUUUCGGGGAUGGUCACGCUCUGACCUAUUCCAAUCUGAGCUCCAUUGAGUAUGGGAUCAAACACAUCUACAAAAAUGCAGGCAUCUAUCGGGUGACUGCAGCAGGGAAAAAUAGCCUCGGAACAGACACUGCAAUUCUCUACCUACACAUAACAUGUCAGCUGGAAUCCAUCCAUCUCUCUGCACCCUUUGUGGCUGUGAAGAAUAAGGAGGUGAACCUGACAGCAAUUCUGCGGCCGAGCCUAGUGGGAACGGUUACCUAUAUCUGGUGGAUUGGAAAUAGCACAGAGCAGCCCAUAAUCACUCUUGAGGCAAGUGUGACAUGUACAUUUUCCCAGGAAGGCAUCAGCACAGUCACCGUGCAGGUGUCAGCAGGGGAUACUAUUCUGCAGGAGCAAAAGGCCAUCUCUGUCCAUGAAUAUUUCCAGUCUCAUCUGCUGGCCUUUUCUUCAAACUUGGACGACCACAACCCUGAUGUUUCAGAAUGGAGGCGGGAUGUGAGCCGAGUCAUUAAGAAUUCGCUUAUCCAGGCCACGGGUGUGAAUGGGGAUCAUCUACUCGUCACUGUCCUCCCAGGUUUGCCGACAACAGCAGAGUUUUUCCUCCUGCUUGACAAACAGCAAAUUGAAGGGGAAUACAAGAAGAAAUCUGCUUAUUUAAAUCAGUUGUUUGAGAUGAUGCUGAGUGCCUUGAAUCAAAAUCUGGUUCAGUUCACCCUGCGACCUGGGGUCCAGGUCACAGUCUACGCAGCACACCUAUCAGCAGCACCGCUAGUGGACAGCAGCGGUAACCACAGCACCCCUGCCAUGUUGAUGUUGCUGUCAGUUGUGAUUGUGGGUUUAGCUGUUUUUGUCAUCUAUAAAUUUAAGAGGAAGAUCCCAGGCCUCAACGUCUAUGCGCAGAUGCAGAACGAAAAGGAACAAGAAAUGAUUAGUCCAGCUAAUCCAACAGAGGCCACGCCAAGCUCACAGCGGGACGUGGUUCAUUCUUUGGAGACUAUGGACACAGCGUUUAACUCACGGCUCAUUGAACUUAAAUGAUCCAGUCCAGGAGGGCAUGGAAACUAAAAAACUAAAUGAGAUGUAAUAAGACUCAUGUUCAUGUACAAUUCUCCACAGAACUCCCCACGUACGUCGUCUAAACUGUGGAAUGGAACACCACUACUGCUGCAUCAUAUAUUUGCUUUCAGCAAUUUGGUACUCUGUGUUUUUCAGCUUUACACCUGUGCAUGUUGGACCUUUCUGACACAUAGUGUACUCUUACAAACCAGAGGAAAAACUGUGUUUAGUUUUCUUUGAACAUAUAUCCAAUAAAUUAUAUUUUUAUUACAUGGUGGUUUGUACAAGCCACCCCAGCAAUUCAAUGACAGCAUGAUCGAGAAGGGUGACAAAUGUCACAAGAGGCAAUGUUUUGGUUUUGCCUACAUGAGAACACUGUUUAUAAGCUAUGCGAAACAAAGAGCGGCAGUGAAUUAUUUAUUCAUAGGAAUAUAUAUUUGUUCUUGAAGUGGAUUUCAACUGAUUUGUAAAUCAUGAAUGUCAAUCUUUGUUUAUAAUGUACAGUAUGUAUUUGAAUGACAACAAGUGUU